AUGACUUGCAAGGUAUUACAUGACAGAUGUAACACAGCAUGUAUCUUCCUCCAAGAGUGUGACGUUCAGCUGUUCUCUCCGUCUGGGCUCAUUGAGAAUCCGAUCAAGAGCGCAGCCACCUCUAACACUCAGAGCUGUCGCGUGUUCAUCGAUGCUCCACCUGCUUUCAGGAUUCAGAUCAGAGCGCUUUCUGUGCUCAACAACACCGAUACAAACUCCACAUACAUACUGAUUCGGGAUGUGGAUGCCUUAAAGACGACCAUCUUCAGAGGGACUCGGCUCUUCCUGUGGAGCUCCUCGGGAAGCAGGGCUGAAGUGGAAUUCCAUGGGGAGUACCAGCAAAUCAAGGGCAUGUUCAGGGCAGAGUAUUCAUACAUUAACCCUUCUGAAGAACAACCAGUGUAGUCUGUAAGAGAGCUUCUGGUCCAUAAAGAGCCUUGGAGCAUUUAAAAAUCAUCCUCGUUAUAAUUUAGCCAGUUUAGCACAACUGAUUCAGAACAGAUGAUAGGGAUUUAUUAACUUUAUAUCAAAGAUAUAAUCAUGUCAGUUUUUAAUAUCAUUUAAAAACAAAAAUCAGACAAUUGACUGUUUAUAUAAGUGCUUCUGUAUAUUUAUUGUAAUGAGUUAAUCUAUGUGAACUGACAAUAAUGUGUGUCAGGCCUACUGCUAAUCUAUCAGCACAAAAUAAACAAUCAUCAUUUUUUUAUAUUUAAGUGAUUUAGAAAAAGUCCAUAUGGCUCUAAAUUUAGCAUAACAGUCCUACUUACCAUUUGUGAAACUACCGUGGAACUUUUAUAAGUAUACUUCGUUUUUACGUGUACAUUUGUGUAUGUGCACAGUCGAACGGACAGACUUUUAAAGUGUACUCCAUUUGAUAGCAUGUGCAAACAUAGGCGCUCGACACUGGAAACACAUGCACAUGUGCACUGGAAACAUUCAUCCUCUUCCAGUGUCUGCGCUUUUUCUUUCCAACGGUUAU